AAAGUCCUCUGUGGGUUCCAAGACCCGGAACCUGUCAUCGUUGUCUUGGUUCGGUGUUUUAGCCAACGCUUUUGCCUCUCUGCUCUGCAAUAUUUUUGAUCUGCACCAAAAAAUAAUAUCCAAAGAUAGAGCCCAGAUGGCGCAGUGGGAGCUGCUGCAGAAUCUUGACGGCCCAUUUCAGGAUCAGCUGCACCAGCUCUACUCACAUAGCCCCCUGCCAGUGGAUAUUCGGCAGCACUUGGCUGUUUGGAUUGAAGACCAAAACUGGCAGGAAGCUGCAUUGGGCAAUGAUGAUUCCAAGACUAACAUGCUAUUCUUCCACUUCGUGGACCAACUGAAUCGUGACUGUGGCUGCUGCAGGCAGAACCCUACAUGUUUAUUGCUACAGCACAACUUGCGAAAAUUCCACCGAGACAUUCAGGCUUUUUCCCAGGGCCCUACCCAGUUGGCUGAGAUGAUGUUUAAUCUCCUUCUGGAAGAAAAAAGAAUUCUGAAUCAGGCUCAGAGGGCUCAAUUGGAACAAAGAGAACCAACUCUUGAAGCACCUGUAGAAAACCAGCAGCAUGAGAUUGAUUCCCGGAUCCAGGAUUUAAAGGCUAUGAUGGAGAAGUUGGUGAAAUCUCUCAGCCAACUGAAAGACCAGCAAGAUGUCUUCUGCUUCCGAUACAACAUUCUGAUGAAAGGGAAGACAUCCUCUUUGGACCCCCAUCAGACCAAACAGGAGCAGCUUCUACAAGAAACUCUCAAUGAACUGGACAAAAAGAGAAAGGAGGUGCUGGAUGCCUCCAAAGCAUUGCUGGGCAGAUUAACUACCCUAGUCGAGCUGCUGCUGCCAAAGUUGGAGGAGUGGAAAGUCCAGCAACAAAAAGCCUGCAUUGGAGCUCCCCUGGACCAUGGGUUGGAACAGCUGGAGAAAUGGUUCACAGAUGGAGCAAAGCUGCUGUUUCACCUGCGGCAGUUGCUGAAGGAGCUGAAGGGAUUGAGUGGCUUGGUUAGCUACAAAGCUGACCCUCUUAUUAAAGGGGUGGACCUGCGGAAGGCCCAGGUCAAAGAGUUGCUACAGCGUCUGCUCCACAGAGCCUUCGUGGUAGAAAACCAGCCCUGCAUGCCCCAAAUUCCCCAUCGACCUCUCAUCAUCAAGACUGGGAACAAGUUCAUGGUGCGAACAAGGCUGCUGGUGAGACUCCAGGAAGGCAAUGAGUCACUGACUGUGGAAGUCUCUGUGGACAGGAAUCCUCCUCAAUUACAAGGCUUCCGGAAAUUCAACAUUCUGACCUCAAACCAGAAAACUUUGACCCCAGAGAAGGGGCAGAGUCAGGGCUUAAUUUGGGACUUUGGCUAUCUGACUCUGUUGGAACAACGUUCAAGUGUUUCAGGAAAAGGCAGCAAUAAGGGGCCACUAUGUGUGACAGAGGAACUGCACAUCAUCAGCUUCAUGGUCAAAUACACCUACCAAGGUCUGAAGCUGGAGCUGAAAACGGACACCCUCCCUGUGGUAAUUAUUUCUAACAUGAACCAACUCUCAAUUGCCUGGGCCUCAGUUCUCUGGUUCAAUCUUCUCAGCCCAAACCCCCAGAACCAGCAAUUCUUCUCCAGCCCUCCCAAGGCACCCUGGAGCUUGCUGGGGCCUGCUCUCAGUUGGCAGUUCUCUUCCUACAUUGGCCGAGGCCUUGACCUAGAGCAGUUGAGCAUGCUGAGAAACAAGCUGUUUGGUACAAGGCAGAACUAUAAGAAUGAGGAUGCAUUGUUGUCUUGGGCUGACUUCACUAAGCGAGAGAGUCCCCCUGGUAGGCUUCCAUUCUGGACGUGGCUGGACAAAAUUCUGGAGCUGGUACAUGACCACCUGAAGGAUCUCUGGAAUGAUGGACGAAUCAUGGGCUUUGUGAGCCGGAGCCGGGAGCGCCAGCUGCUAAAGAAAACCAUCUCCGGCACCUUUCUCCUGCGCUUCAGUGAAUCAUCAGAAGGGGGCAUUACCUGCUCCUGGGUGGAGCACCAGGACGAUGACAAGAUGGACAUCUACUCGGUGCAGCCUUACACCAAGGAGAUGCUGCAGUCACUGCCACUGACAGAGAUCAUCCGCCACUACCAGAUACACACAGAGGAGAACAUCCCCGAGAACCCACUGCGCUUCCUCUAUCCCCGUAUCCCCCGGGACGAGGCUUUUGGGUGCUACUACCAAGAGAAAGUUAAUCUCCAAGAACGAAGGAAGUACCUGAAACGUAGGCUCAUUGUGGUCUCUAACAGACAGGUGGAUGAGCUGCAACAGCCAAUAGAGCUUGAACUGGAACAAGAGCUGGAGUCAUUAGACCUAGAGCUAGAGCCAGUACCAGAGCCAGAGAUAGGGCUAGGCCUGGAGUUAGAGUCGCUGCUAGAGGCUGGACUGGAUCUGGGACCAGCCAUAGAGCCCAUGCUGGAGCCUGUGCUGGAGCCUGUGCUGGAGCCCGUGCUGGAGCCUGUGCUGGAGCCCAAGCCAGAGCCCAAGCCAGAGCCCACACUCUGCCUGGUGUCACAGAGAGUACCAGAGCCAAACCUGAGACCUAUGUCACAGCCACUACUAGAGCCAGAUUUGCCUUGUGAUCUGAGACACUUGAACACUGAUGAAAUGGAAAUCUUCAGAAACUGUGUAAAGAUUGAAGAAAUCAUGCCAAAUGGUGACCCACUAUUGGCUGGCCAUAACUCCAUGGACGAGGCUUAUGUCUCCCGCCCCAGCCAUUUCUUCACUGAUGGACCCUUGAUUCCUUCUGACUACUAGGACCUUCAUCUCCCCUGUUCUUUCCAUAUUGCUUGCCCCUCCUAGGGCAGCAUGUUGUCUCCAAGGUUGGUAAAUCAGGCAUGUGCCCCUGCUAAGCUUUUUUAACCCAGGGAUUUAGGAUGAGAAGUAAAAGUAUAAUAUGGCUUCCUAAGGGGCAGCAGCGAAUCCGAACAGGUGCUGCCUGUAGUUCUAAAUAGGAUCCUGGAGGCUGCCCACUGUGCUGGGAGGUGUCAGUGUCCGGGGGCAGGCCAGGAUGGCUGGGAGGUACUUGCAUGGCUCAGGGCAGUUAGCUUUUUUUUUUCCAGUAUGGAAAGAUUUCAUUGUUUCCAUAGCUGGUAAGCCUAGGUUGGUUCACACCAGCAUUGGCCCUUGGUGGGGAGCACACACAAUAGGACUCUUUCUUCUGAUUCCUUCAUGUCUGGGAUAACUUUUUCUUUCUUCUUCCCUUUACUUCUGACUCAAAUUUUAUAUUUCUUCUUUCCCUGCUGGGACUGAGAGCUUUCUGCCUCCACCCCCAUCUGUACAAGGGGAGAGGGCCAGAUCUCUUCUUCUUACCCCAGUCUCCUCCCUUGUUCUGCCCUAAGCUUGCUGCACCCAUUCCUCUGCCAUAAAAUGAUCCUGCUAAUCUAAUAUGCCCGUGAAACUUUUCACACUAAAUUAUGCUGCUUAGUCCCCACUUUCCCAGUGCUUAGGAGACAGAUCACUCCUGGAGGCUGGGGAUGGUAGAAUUGCUGGGAAUUUAGAAAUUCCCUUUUAUAGUAUUAGAAUUUUGUGUUUUGGGGGCGGCGCCUGUGGCUCAGUCGGUGGGGCGCCAGCCCCAUACACCGAGGGUGGCGGGUUCUAAACCCGGCCCCGGCCAAACUGCAACCAAAAAAUAGCUGGGUGUUGUGGCGGGCGCCUGUAGUCCCAGCUACUCGGGAGGCUGAGGCAAGAGAAU